AUGGAAAAAAGGAGUUCACAAAAACGAGGAAAAUUGUACAAAUGUGACCGUAGGGAUGGUAACUCUGACUAUUGUGAUGAUUUCUCAAGCAGAAGCCAUUGGUAUGGUCCUCACGAUAAUUUUGAGAAAAACCAAAAAAAUCGUAGAAAUUUCCAUUCGGAAAAGGAAGGUUCAAGUAGUAACAAUAAAUUCGUAGGAACUCGAUGGAAUAAUGAAAUGGAGAAAUGUCGAGAAAAACGAAAAUAUAAAAAUUCUUCAGAAAUGUACGACGAAACAAGAGAUAAUAAAAAAGAAAAAGAAAAAAAGGACCAAUUUGAAAAAUCGCGUUAUCAUUACUAUAAUAGACGAACAGAUGAAAACAGCUAUUUUGAUGAAUCGAAACAAUUUCUUAGAAAAAGUGAUAAAAGAAAGCAUUCCAUGGACAGAACUACAAAACCCAGUUAUCCUAGUUAUAGGGAUAAAAGGACAAAGGAUUGUUCAAACGAGAACCAUAACAAAGAUUUAAGCAGGAAGGACGAUGAUCAUGCGGACAUAUUUAAAUCAGAACAGCCAUCACACCCGCAUGAAAAUUGCCCUGCUGAUAAACUGGAGGGGGGAAAAAAAAAAGAAAAAAAGAGUGACAAUUCUGAGCAGCACAUAAUGCAACGCAAGGAAGGUGAAAACAAGGAUGGUCAGAACGAAAUGGGAACCACGACACGUAAAGGUGGUGGAAGCGACGAAUGCAGAAGUGACGAAUUUAGGAGUGAUGAAUGCAGAAGUGACGAAUUUAGGAGUGACGAAUUUAGGAGUGACGAAUUUAGGAGUGACGAAUUCCCCAGCGACAGUGAGGCGAACAAAGCACGUGGCCUCAUGAGCGGGUGCCGAAGCAUAAGAAAUUACAAAAGGCUAAACAAAAUAAGCGAAGGGACAUAUGGAGCAGUAUUUCGCGCUCAGAAUAGAAGAACGAAGAGGAUAGUUGCUUUGAAACAAUUAAAGCACUUUUCAAGUAUGCGACAUGAAGGAUUUGCAAUAACAUCCCUGCGUGAAAUAAACAUAUUGCUGCAAUUGCAGCAUGAAAAUAUUUUAUCAAUUAAGGAAGUCGUGAUAGGAAAAGACUUAAAUGAUAUUUAUUUAGUGAUGGAAUAUGUAGAGCAUGAAUUAAAAAUGCUCUUGGACAAUAAGACUCCGAGUUUUACCAUAUCUGAAUUAAAAUGCUUACUUAAACAGUUACUAAGCGGCGUUGAUUACUUACACACGAAUUGGGUCAUGCACAGAGAUUUAAAAACAACAAAUUUGUUGUACAGCAACAAAGGAGUACUAAAAAUUUGUGAUUUCGGUAUGGCAAGAAAAUUUGGACAUGUAAAUAGUCAUAAUAUUACAAAAAAUGUUGUAACUUUAUGGUAUAGGGCACCUGAAUUAUUACUAGGAGAAAGAUGCUACACAAAUAAAAUCGAUAUAUGGAGUGUUGGGUGCAUUUUUGCUGAAAUGAUUUUGAAAAAACCAUUAUUUGUAGGUGAUAAUGAAAUUGAUCAAAUUUUGAAAAUAUUAAGUUUGUUAGGGUUACCAGAUAGAGAAACUUACCCAGAAUUUUAUGAAUAUUCUUUUAUUUCAAAAAAUAAAGAACUUUUUAAAAAAAAAAAAAUAAAAAUGAAUGUCACCAAAAUACGUUCCCAUUUCCCAAAUGUUGCUAACCAAUUUUCAGGUUUAUAUUUAUCAGAUAAUGGGCUUGAUUUAUUGCAACAGUUGUUACAUUUUAAUCCCAAAAAUAGAAUAUCUGCUUCGGACGCUUUAAAACAUCCUUACUUUAAGGAAUUUCCUAAACCAUUGGACAUUGGUGAUAUGCCCUUUAUUCCAGACACCAAUAAGGUUAUUCGGUCGAACAAAAUGGCUAACCAGUUUAAGUUUAUCGGUCAGAAUAACAUCCGGUUCCAUUCGUAA